AUGUCAUCUUCAGAUUCGGAAACAGAUAUUUUAUAUGAAGUUAAAGAUAGAGUUGCAAUUAUAUCUUUCAAUAUACCAGAUAAACUAAAUGCUUUAAAUGGUGAUCAAUAUUUAAAGUUAGGUAAAUUUAUUGAAAAAGCGGAUGAAGAAGAAGAUACUGUGGCUACAAUUAUUCAAUCAAGUGGUAGAUUUUUCAGUGCUGGUGCAAAUUUUGCUGAUAAAAGUAUGGAAAAUGUUGAUAUUCAAGAAUUAUUUAGUCAUGAAUAUUGGUUACAAAGAUUUGUUGCAAGAAAUGUUUGGUUAACAAAUUUAUUUAAUGAUCAUAAAAAAAUUUUAGUUGCUUCUGUAAAUGGUCCUGUAAUUGGGUUAACAACUGGUUUAUUAUUAUUAUGUGAUUUAAUUUAUGUAAAUGAUUUAUCAAAAUUUUAUUUAUUAGCACCUUUUGCAAAUUUAGGUUUAGUUGCUGAAGGUUCAUCAUCUGCUACUUUAUUUGCUAGAUUAGGCUGGUCAAAAGCUUCUGAAGCUUUAUUAUUAGCAAAACCAAUUAGUGGUGAAGAUUGUUAUAAUGCAGGUUUAAUUAAUAAACAUUAUAAUGGAAAAUUUGAUAAUGUUGAUGAUUUUAAUCAGCAUAUUUAUAAAGAAUUAACAGAGGCUUUUGAAAAUUUACAUGAAGAUUCAAUUUUUCAAAAUAAACAAUUAUUAAAACUUUCAAGAGAUCAAUAUAUUAAUCAAGCAAAUUCUCAAGAAGUUAUGAGAGGAUUAAAGAAAUGGUUAGAAGGAGUACCUCAAGCAAGGUUUGCUCAGUUGGCAGCAAAAGAAGUUAAACAUAAACUUUAA